AUGUCUCCCAGAAGCUGGAACCCCACAACGGUGGUCCAAGGUGUCCAUUGGAUCCUGCUUGGAUUGUUCCUGUGGCUGGAGCCAGGGUCAGCAUCCCUGCCCCUCCUCAUGGACUCUGUCAUCCAGGUCCUGGCUGAGCUUGAGCAGAAGGCACCGGUCACCGAAGCCAUCCCCAUUGCCCCUGUGUGGCAGCUGUCAGCCCAGCACUCUGGCCCCCAUGACCCCCUCCAUCACUUCCUGCUACAGAGCUGGAGUCUCCAGGCCAUCGAGUUGGAUCCCAUCACACUGAGCCCAGAGUUGCAAGGCCUGACAAAGGAGGUGGCCCGACACAGUGUGCAGGGCAGGCAAGAAUACGGGGUGGUACUGGCACCUGAUGGCUCAACGGUGGCCGUGGAGCCUCUUCUGGCAGGGCUGGAAGCAGGGCUGCAGGGGCACAGGCUUAUUAACUUGCCCUUGGACAGCACAGCCACUCCUCCAGAUGCCAGCGACCACUCUCCAGAUGUCCGAGUCACCUCUCCAGAUAACCAAGCCUCCUUGCCAGAUGCCAAGGCCAAAGCCCCAACCACUGUGGACAGCCUCCUGGUUACUUUGGCCAGAGACCUGGGUUUGACUUUCCUCCAGGGCCCCAAGAAUUGGAGCCACCCAGGCCUGGGAGCUGAGGGCUGCUGGGACCAGCUUUCUACCCCCCGGAACUUCACGCUUCUGAACGCUGAGGCAUCACCGCUCACCACAGCUUUUCUCAAUGGUGCUCUGGAUGGGGCCCUCCUUGGAGACUACCUGACUCGGGCUCCGAAGCCCCGGCCACCUCUCAGCCACCUGCUGAGCCAGUACUAUGGACCUGGGGUGGCCGGAGACCCAACACUUCGCAGCAACUUCCGAAGGCAGAACGGAGCUACUCUGAUUUCAGCUCCCGCCCUGACUCAGCAGGUGUGGGGGACCCUCAUCCUGCUACAGAGGCUGGAGCCUGCACACCCUCAGCUGCAGGGCAUGAGCCAAGAACAGCUGGUGCUGGUGGCCACCCAUGCCACCAAGGAAUUCACCAAGGCCUUCUUGGGGUGCCCGGCCAUCCAUCCCCGUUGCGUCUGGGGCGCGGCGCCGUACCGGGGCCACCCGACGCCGCUGCGGCUGCCGCUCGGGUUCUUGUACGUGCAUCACACGUACGUGCCUGCUCUCCCCUGUACAACCCUCGCGAGCUGUGCCGCCAACAUGCGCUCCAUGCAGCGCUUCCACCAGGACACGCGCGGCUGGGAUGACAUCGGCUACAGUUUUGUGAUGGGCUCAGACGGCUACAUGUACGAGGGUCGAGGCUGGCACUGGGUGGGCGCUCACACACGUGGCUACAACUCCCGCGGCUUCGGCGUGGCUUUCGUGGGCAACUAUACCGCGGAACUGCCGGUCGAGGCCGCGCUGCGCGUGGUGCGCGACGUGCUCCCCAGGUGUGCGGUGCGCGCCGGUCUCCUGCGGCCGGACUAUAAGCUGCUUGGCCACCGCCAACUCGUGCCCACGGACUGCCCUGGUGACGCGCUCUUCCAGCUGCUGCGCACCUGGCCACACUUCGACGCGAAUGUGAAGCUAAGAACUGCCAGAAGGGCCUCCAGGAGAUCCAAGAGGAAGCCACCUCCAGUCACGCCUACCAGCCAAUGAACUUCAAAUAAAGAGAUUAUGGAAAGAAA